AUGUCGUCAAAUAUAUUUGAGACCGGUGAGGGUAGUAGUGUAGUUAAUAGUGCCAAUAAGGUAGCACCGAGUGACGAAUACGACGAAGCUGAUGACAAGCUUGAUCGACUUCUCAAUGAGAUUCAAAUUGAACAGUCUGAUGAGGAUGAUGGGAAUAUCUUCUUGGACACAUCCGAUGAUGAGCAGGAAGAUGAUUUUGUGUUUGGGGAAGAGGAUGAGGAGGACGAUUAUGACGAGAAUUAUAAUUUCAAAGACGCAUUGAAAAGUGCUAGUAACUUCCGGGUGCGGAACCGGAGAGAGAAGUUGAACAAGGCGUCCAAGUCGUACUAUAAGCGAAAGAUGAUGCGAGCUGAUAAUAGGGAACUAGAUCCUGAAGUCAGGCUGAACCUUUCCCAGGCCAAUGAGGCGUUUGUGCGGAAUGAUUUCCAAGUGGCCCAACUGUUGUAUACCGAAGUUAUUAAAAAGGAUCCUAGGAAUUUCAGUGCGUACAAGACAUUGGGGGAAAUUUUCAAACAACAAGGUAAACUCAAUGAAUGUUGUAAUUACUGGUUAUUAGCUGCGAAUAUUCACCCUUGGGAUACCGAAUUCUGGGGAAAUGUGGCAGAAUUAUCCGCAGAUUUGGGAUAUACCGACCAAGCUGUAUACUGUUAUACUCGGGCAAUCACGCAAGAUGUGGUAAAGAGUGCACCAUAUAUCCUAGAAAGAGCAAUUCUCUAUAAAGAAAGAAGACAGUAUGGUAAAGCCUUGGAAGGAUUACAAAAAGUCAGACAGUUGUACCCAGCCGAUUCCAACAUUCUUAAACAUUUAGCAGGGGUAUAUGUCGACCAAAAGAGAUUAAACGAUGCGAUCAACUUAUAUGUGAAAGUAUUGGACAGCAAUAUACACCCAGAUCCGGAUAAUGAACAAAUCUAUCCAAAGUUCGGAUGGGCUGAACUCAACAUUUUGCUUGAAUUGCAUAUCCAACAUCAUUCAUGGAAGACCGGGUUGAAUAUCUUGAAACUUACAGCAAGAUGGAUUCAGAAUCGUCAGAAUGAAACGUGGUGGAACGAUCCCCCUGAGAAUGAUGCCGAAUUUGAUAUGAAACGAAGAAUGGAAGCUAUUGAGAAAUUGCCCGAUGAAGUGGAGAGAGCAGAAGCGAGAACCAAGUCGUACGAUUUACCAAUUGAUAUCCGAUUCAAGCUUGGACAUUUAAGAUUGGGUCUUGGCAUGAAAGAAGAAGCCAUUCAUCAUUUUGAUUUCUUAUUGGAAGACGAAGAAGAUAUUGCCGAUUUGUAUUUUGAUGCAGGUAAAGUUUUAGAGGAACACGGGUAUCAUGAAGAAGCAUUAACUUUCUUAACACGUGCCACACUCAAUGACGAAUUUAAUGAAAAUCCCGAGUUGAUUAAUUUGCUAGGGAAAUGUUUCUUUGAGGUGGGUGAUUAUACCCAGGCCAAACAAGCGUAUGAGACUCUUUUGCAUAAUGAACCCGAGAACUUGGAUUUCAAAUUGGCAUUAGCAGAGACGUUGUAUCAUUUGGGUGAUGAAGCCGGUGCUGAGUCUUUGAUUGAAGAAGUACAAGAAACAAAUUAUAGAUUGAAAGAAGGAGGGGAAAUAGCUGCUGAACCAGAAAAAACCAGCACCGAUAAGUCAUUAAUCAGAAAUGUACGCAAGAUUCGUGCAAAAACUGCCAAGCUAUCUGAAGAAGAAAAAGCUGAGAUUGAACUCGAAGCUACGAGAAAGGUGCUUGAGAAGUUUGGUCGUAUGGAAAGAUUAGAAGAGUCCAUAAACAAUGGAGAUAAAUUCGCCAUUGCUGCAUGGUUGCAAUUAGCUGCACCCUUGAUUGAAAUGUUCCGAAAAGUACGAGCGUUCUUUCCUCGAGACAAGAAUAAGACGUUUGAAGGUAUUUAUUCGUAUCGUCGUAAGAAAGAUAUGAAUAUUGAUCAAAAGUUAGCUCGUGCACUUGAUUUAUUAGAAGGGAUGGACCAGGAUGAAGAAGACACGAGAACGAACCUAAUUUCGAAAACAGAAUAUCGUGGGUUGAAUUAUGACCAAUGGUUUUAUGUAUUUGUUCAACAUGCUAUACUUUGUGCCAAGUUUGAAAUGAAUGAUGAUUAUGCAAAUGAGCUUGUGGAUAUUGCCAGCUCGGUAAGUGUGUUUGUUCAAGACAAGAAGAAAGAGGCGUUCCUUCGAAUGUUGAAAUUGGUGUUUUCCAUCAGGAAUCAGGAUGUUAAUUCGAUAACCCAUUAUGUUCGGUUCUUCUUGGUGGGAAAUCAAUUCUCGCCAUACAUUUGUAAAUUUUUCCUUUGUUGUUUCGCCACGGGGGUUCAUUCCUGGGAAACAUUAACCAACUACAAUCAUCAGAAAUUCUGGUUGCGUCAAUUAAAAGCAUACGAUGCAUCGGCCAUGAAGAAGAAGAUCACGGGUAUGGCCAACGUCAUGGCGGACAUUAAAGAUGUGAAACUUCCCGAAAACCAUCCUGAUUUGCUAUACUUGUAUGCAAACUUGUUAGGAGGCAGUAGAAGUUAUUUGUCUUCCGUUGUCUACUUAAACCGUGCUUACCGCUCAUGUAAUAGAGACCCUAUGAUAUGUUUAGUAUUAGGAUUGAACCAUGUUCAUAGAUCCAUGCAGAGAUUGACCACAAACAGACAUUUGCAGUUACUACAAGGAAUAAGUUAUAUCCUUGAAUAUCGCGAGCUACGUCUGGUGAAUGCUACCAAAUAUGAAAUGCAAGAAAUUGAGUAUAAUUUAGGGAGAUUAUUUCAUAUGUUGGGGUUGACCACUUUGGCUGUGAGACAUUAUGAGAAGGUAUUGGGUAUGAAGGAGGAGUUUGCUGAUGAUCCUGAUUAUGAUUUGCUGUUCGAGGCGGCAUAUAAUUUACAGUUGAUUUAUAACAUCAACGGGAAUUCCCAGUUGGCUAGAAAGUUAACCGAAGAGUAUUUAACUGUAUAG